AUGCGACGUGCAAGGUUAGACCAGCACACGUUCCGAUCCCAACGGGUCAACGAAGCUGAGGUGAAGGGUCAGUGCCGGUACGGGCCAAUGCCGUAUUGUUAUGUACACCUCGUGACGUGCAUGGAGCAAUCAUCCCGUCUCACAUUAAUUGCGAACGUUCGAUCCAAGAUGGCGACAGCAAUUUGUCAUUUCGCGCGCUAUCGCUGCGUAGUCACGGCGGUACACGGAAGGCUGGGUUCGGAAGUGCACGUCUCCCGCGUUGCCUCGCCGGCCAUGAGAACUGAUGCUAUCUGCGUCCCGCUCGCGCACACGUCUUCGCAUUUGAUCUCGAUGAUAGGUAGUGUGCCCCGCACUCGGUCA